AUGCUUUCAGAUGAAGCAACACUGAAGGGAAUCGAUGGAAGUAAUGCCCUGGUCCUGCCAGCAAAAAAAGCAAAGAAGAAAAAGGUAGCCUGUGUUGUGCAACAGCAGAAGAAACCCCUAAGCAAGAAACAGAAGAAAAACCUGCAGAAAGUGUUAGAGCAGAAGGAAAAGAAAAAACAGCGAGCUGAGUUGCUGAGCAAGCUGAAUGAGGUCCAAGUUUCUGAGGCAGAAAUGAAACUUCUGUACACUACUUCCAAACUGGGUGUCGGGGAGCGCAUGUAUCAGACUAAAAGGAUGAUACAGGAGCCAGCGACUGCCGUACCUGAAAAGAUCAGGAGCAUCAGUGGUGCGAACAAGAGAAGACACAGCUCAGAUUCAGAAUCGGAGCCUGAGGAAGAACCCAGUAGCUCUGAGGAGGAGAAGGAAGAGCAGAAACAAGAAAUUGGAGAGUCUUCAGCCAGUGAUUUGAAUACUGCUGAAAAGCCAGAGGAAAGCGUGAAGAAGGCAGUGGCUAACCAGCAGCUGGCUCGUCCUGGUGCACCGGUUUGCCAGACGGCCUCCAACAAACCACCUUGCAAGCCUGCGGUUUUCGUUCCAGUGGACAGGUCUCCUGAGAUUCAGGAAGCAAGACUGAAGCUUCCAAUCCUUGCUGAAGAGCAAGUAAUCAUGGAAGCCAUUAGUGAGAAUCCCAUCGUCAUCAUAUGUGGAGAGACAGGAAGCGGUAAAACCACACAAGUACCUCAGUUUCUUUAUGAAGCUGGCUAUGCCAGUUCAAACGGUUCUAUUGGGAUCACCGAGCCUCGGCGUGUGGCCGCAGUGUCCAUGUCGCAGCGGGUCGCUAAGGAAAUGAACUUGUCACACAGAGUGGUUUCAUAUCAAAUCCGAUAUGAAGGCAAUGUUACAGAUGAAACACAAAUCAAGUUCAUGACGGAUGGUGUGCUGCUGAAAGAAAUUCAGACGGACUUUCUGCUUUCAAAGUACAAAGUCAUUAUUAUUGACGAAGCCCAUGAAAGGAGUAUGUACACAGAUAUCUUGAUAGGCCUCUUGUCUCGCAUCGUGCCUCUUCGUGAAAAGAAGGGGCUGCCGCUGAAGCUGAUCGUCAUGUCGGCUACCCUUCGCGUUGAAGAUUUCACUGAUAACAACAGGCUGUUUUCUGUUACACCUCCUGUUAUUCAGGUAGAUGCAAGGCAAUUCCCUGUAACUAUUCAUUUUAACAAGAAAACCCCCCUAGAUGACUACAGUGGGGAGUGCUUCAGGAAGGUCUGUAAAAUCCAUCGAAUGUUGCCUUCAG